UGGCACAAACAUGAAGAUCUUUUUUGUUUCAGUUUUGAUAAUUUCCAGCUUAAGUUUUCUAAAAGUGAGAGCGGACUAUCCAUGUGUAUGUAACUACAAUGUUGAAACCGCAGUAUAUGGCCAGGCGUCAGCGGACGGAGCCCCGAUCGGAUAUAUGUACGAGUUCGAUUGUAAGUCCGUGGGUCAGGUACACGGGUCUCACAGCGGGUUCUCAGUUAUCCAAUUUGAACACAAGUAUGGAUAUGUGGCAGACGACAACAAUGUCAAUGCACAAACAUGCCCCGGCAAUAUCCCUGACAGCGACUUAGUAACGACAACAACAAAAGCACACAGUCAUGCAACAAAUGGCCACACAUCAACGACGGCGUCUGAUCAAUCGACAACGAUUCCUACAUCAAUUACACAUGUACCUACGGCAUCCACGACGCCUAUACCUGCGGCAUCAACGACGCCUUUACCAACGACAUCGACGAGCUUAAAACGUAAUACGACGACACCUUAUCCUACAACAACAACAACUAUGCCCACACCCACGACAACGAUGACGCCUAAACCUACAACAACAACAGCAACAACUACGCCCAUACCCACGACUCCAUCCACUGAAGCACCAUCUACACCAUACCAGUACUGGCUUAUGGCAGCAAACGUGACGGGUACCCCGCUGCAGUAUGUGGGGAUAGGUUACAAUCUGCUGACGGGAAAUCCUGAACUCUCUCCUGAUACUGGGAUGCUGCUGGACAGGAGAAUUCUCGAGCUAACAGGAAGCCAAAAUAGUGUCAGAGAGGCGAGUUACUCCACCAGCUCCUCCUGCAGCAGAAGUGAGGCCACGUUUCUCGUGCAUGGGGGUAAAUCCCUUCAAGCUGAGAGGUUGACACGUGUGAAUAUUUCCGACUUUUACUCGAGAGCCAGAGUGCUUUCUGACGGAUCUCAAGUUUACUUUGAUAGGACCAUAACAUGCAAACAAGGAAGCGUUCGUUACCAGGGUAACGCUUUGAGACCGGAAGGAAACUUUACAGUUUCCCGCAAUUUUGCCGCGGAUGUGUGUCGACUACCAAUUGUGUUUAACCCGAACAAUGUCACCGAGUAUAUGCAAUUUCUUGAUAACUGGGGCACUAGUGUUAUCAUGUCUGCCGACCUCGGGACGAAGACUCUGGAACGGUAUAGCCAGAGUCUUUCCGGUCUGGCCAUGGAAAUACUCGAGACGGAUCCAUCCUUGUUGACGCAUUCCGGCCCCUUUAUGGGAUACACAUCCUCGCUCACAGUCGAUGAACAUCGCUACUUGAGCAGCAGCAUAGCACGCCAACACCACACAUCAAGUAGGACUGACGGCACGUUGGCAUCCCCUGUAGUCACGCGGAUUGACGUCAUUUCAAUUACUGACGUCAUCAGCAAGGCGUACUUCGGACCGAUUUUGGAUGAGCUGACAGCGGAAGGAAUUUGUAAAGACACGAUCUACGACACUUUGCUGACCACGAUAGCCGGCAAUGUACGGCGGGCGCUUGAGCAGUACCCUAUGGCCAAGAUGUCGACAGGACCAAAUCCGAUGCCGUCCGUAGUCGACCAUUCCUUGCAAAUACCUGUCACGUGGCCACGAGGUAACUACGGUCUAAUGAAGACGGCCGCAGGAUGUCCGGGCGCCAAGGUGUCCUGGCAGUCAGGUUGGAGGCACUACGAUACGGAAGAUCUAGGGUCGAACAAUGGAUACAGUAGCGGGAUUUCACAUUUUCUAGCAGGAAGUUUCGCUAGCGACGACAUAAGAACAGACUUUUGCAUUAAGACCAUUUCAUCAACAACAACAUACGAUGGAUUGUGGCCAAGGGGGUCAUACUGCCUGCUCAAAUACAGAAACUGCCCAAAUGGAUUUCGGGAUGGGUCUAUAUUUUGGGACGAUGAGGACAUUAGUAACUCGAACAGCCAGGGUGGGACCUUACCAGCUGGCUCGUAUGACAGCAACACCAGGAUAUAUUACUGUUGCAGAAGCGACGGCCAAUCAAGCGCGGCUAUGAUUCUGCCUACGGACCGUCCGUUCGUCCUGAUGCGUUACGGCGGGAAGUGUCAGACGGUGUACGGAAUGAGCGUACGUGACUUGUAUGUCCAUUGGGACGAUGACGACCUUUUUAACAAGGACUCUGCCAGCGGGAUGCACCCGGACGAUACGGGAGACGGAGAUAACCACGAACUACACUUUUGUUAUUAUCAGUCGUCAGGGCAUGGAGGAAUAAUAGGAUAGUGCCUGUUGACCUGUGGCUGUACUCAUAACGGCUACUUAGAGAACAUGUUCAACUAAGUGAUAAUGAUAAUUAUUUUAAAAAACCCUCUGCUUAAAUUGAAAAGUGUUCAAAUGCAUGUUUUGCUUUGACCUUAUCUUUGCAUAUUCUCAUAGUUUCGGUUUAAAACAUUAUUUGGUUUUAAAUUCAACACAGAAAAUUAGCUAUGUUUCGCUGGGUUCAAAAUUUUCACUGAGAUGUUUUACGUAUACGGCCCCUGAACGACUUCAUUGAUUAUUUAGUCAUACAUGCUUGUAUUUCACUGUGUUGUACAUUUCUGGAUUAAAUACAUCGUUAUUGUAUAAUGUCGACUAAGACUGGUAUAAAUCACUUAAAUUUGUUUGA